AUGUCGACAUCAGAUGAAGAGAUUAUGAGCCUGUACAGAAUCCGGAGAUCAGUGAUGCAAAUGUUGAGAGACCGGGAUGACGAAACACUAGUUCAUUCAGAAGUUCGGCGAGAACAUGAAAAGAAAGACCUUGUUAUCAACAAGGCCAAGCGGAAGGUCAGCUCCGACCAGGAAACAGAGGUGUUGGUGAACAUUAAAGACCACAUUCUUGUUCCGGAGCACCAGCCGCUUACACCUGAAGAAAAUAAGACUUUGCUGGAGAGAUAUACUGUGAAAAAGACGCAGGUGACAGAUCCGAUUGCCAGAUACUAUGGGCUAAAGCGCGGGCAAGUUGUUAAAAUCUUCCAGCCAAGUGAGACUCUAGGACGAUAUGUCACAUACCGAUAUGUUGUUUAAACCUUUUCUAGCGUUGUAUUUAGGGGUGUUAAUCAAGACGAGCUAUUUGAAUUCGGCUCAUAUAAAACUCGGCUCGAGUUCAGUUCCUGUUUUAAACGAGAUGAGUUUGAAUAAUUUUUAAACUCAUUUAAAAAAAUGAGCUUAAAAAGUUUAGCUCAAGCUCAGUUUGUUCAUACGUAAAAUAGUCAAGCUAUUCGGGCUUGACUUAGGCUUGGGCUCGGCUCGAGUUCUAAAUGAGUUGAGUUUGAACAAUUUUUUUAAAGCUCAUUUGAAAAAACAAACUUUUCAGGCUUGGGUUCAAGCUUUCAAAACUUGGUUCAAUUAACACCUUUAGUUGUAUUGAGUUAUAUGAAGUUUUUGAAACCCGUUGUGGCUUGUAAGUUUUCUAAUUAUGCUACUUUUACUUUUAAGUGCAAGCAACUAUAGACUGAUGAAUCUUUAAUGGUGGUUUAAGUGGCUGUGCUUGACAUGUAAUAAUCCAAGUUCAAUCUCUUCUUACACUCUUUAAUGG